UUUAAUGAGUGGACCCACUCCAGAGAAAGCCCUCAUUGGUGUCCCCGAUAGAUGGAUGCAUUGUCCAAAAACUGGAAAGCUGGUCGACGGAUUAUUCUUCCCAUUCAAGUCUCCAUUGUGUUCGCUAUACGAUGACCAAAUCGAGAAGAAUCUCCGUUUCCAUCCAGAGGACGUUUUCAAUCAUCCCGCCAUUAAAGGCAAGAAAAUAGGACUGUGGAUUGAUCUCACGAAGACUGAUCGUUACUACUUUGUUAAGGAGGUAGAAAGUCAUGGAUGCAUAUAUCGUAAAAUGCCACUAGCAGGUCAUGGUUCUUCACCUACGCAAGACGAGACUGAUCGAUUUGUGCGCCUUGUUCAAGGAUUUACGAGGGACCAUCCAGGAGAAGUCGUUGGGGUUCACUGCACCCAUGGAUUUAAUCGCACAGGAUUCCUUAUCGCAGCUUACAUGGUUGUUGUCAAGGACUGGGCUGUGGACUGCGCAGUUCUGACCUUUGCCAAGGAACGGCCCUGUGGCAUCUAUAAGCAAGAUUACUUAGGAGAUCUCUUUGAAAGAUAUGGGGAUCCAGACGACUGUUUAGAGGCUCCGAAUAAGCCGUCCUGGGAGUAUGGGGAUGCUAUUGGCUAUUGCGAUGACAGCGAGGCGUCAACAAGCGUGGCUCACCCUCAAGAGAACACUGAGAACUUAGAAAAUGGAAAAGGUAUGAGUGAUUCGUCCACGAAUGGUUCAGCAGAACGGUUCCAUUUCUUAGAGAAACCUCGUGGCAAGCAGUUCAUGGACGGUUUGGUUCGUGGAGUGGUCCUUGUCACGGACCCUCUGAAGAAAAAGAUGCUACAAGGAAAAGUAAGACCUACUAUCCUUGUUGACAUGUGUUUCGACUCAUUUUACUCUGACAUGUUGCUUUUUCAGAUCAAGGAACUAGUUGGGGCAAAGCGAGAUGGCUUCCCUGGGCUCCAGCCUGUUUCUUUAGAAAGAUCUCGUGAUAAUGACAAUCUAAAAAUGUUAGCACAACGGCCUUACAUGGUUUCAUGGAAAGCGGACGGAAUGAGAUAUAUGGUUUACAUUUGUGAUGAGAAUGAGGUAUAUGCAUUUGACAGGGAUAACGAGGUAUUCCUUAUUCAAGGGUUAUCGUUUCCGCACAGAAAACACCCUAGGCAUAUAGUCAACACAUUAGUAGAUUCAGAAAUGAUUAUAGACCAUGUCAAAGACGAGCACGGAAAUACACGUGACCUGCCAAGAUUGUUAAUAUAUGACAUUAUUCAUUUUGAGGCAGGACGUAUUCGUAAGGAGCGGGAACCCAUGUCCGUUCGCGUGAAAGAUUUCUGGGAAAUGGAGGCCUUGCCGAAGCUUUUCGAGCCAAAGUUUACCAAGAAUGUCGGGCACGAGAUUGAUGGUCUUAUUCUUCAGCCGCCAUACACGCCAGGUCGUUCAGAUAUUGUGCUCAAAUGGAAGCCCCCUUCUCACAACUCGAUCGACUUCAAGCUUCAGAUUAGAAAAGUUGUCAAGGAAGGUGAACUACCCCAGCAUAUCGGCUAUCUCUAUGUGCAACAUGCAAACGAACCGAUGGCGACGAUGAAAGCAACAAAAAAAUUGCUCCCAUAUGAUAAUAAAAUUAUUGAAUGUACGUUUGAGGAAAACUUCCUUUCUUUGUUAAUGCCUUUCUUUCAUUGCCUAACGGAUUUCCAGAAUGGUCAAUGGGUGUUCAUGAGAGAACGAACAGACAAGUCGUUGCCUAAUUCGUUGAAAACUGCGCAGGCGGUGUUCAACAGCAUGAUAAAUCCAAUUGAUAAGGACAUGUUAAUAGAGUGA